UACAUUUCUGUAUUACAAAUCACCAUGAAAGCAAUGACGAUAUAUUGUUUGUGUCUUGUGGUCUUGGAAAUGUCAGCUUAUCUUUUUGACACGCUACAAAUUAGUCACACUUCUACAAAGGUUGGCCUAUAUUCUGUUAUUCAGUGCACAAGUGACAGCGGUAAUAAUAUGGUUUGGAUUGUAGAUGGCCAUAAUAUUGGAAUAUGCUCUGGAAUUACCGCCAACGUCUGUUUGCCUCCUUGUAGUGAGUGUUCAUCAGUCAUUGCAAGUCCAGCUGCAAUCUUUUCAUACUCUAUUAAUUCUGUUGGUCUCACAAACUGUAUAAAAUAUGGAUGCCAAGAGGGAAACACCGGCUUUCUCUCAGAAUUUACAAUGGAAGUAACAGACUUCAGUGUAGAUAAUUCAACUGCUGUUUUGAAUCCACAAGAACCUACUGCAAACACGGAUGGGAAUGUCAGUAUUACAACACCUUGCAUAUUUCCUUCAAAUUCAGACGCUAUUACAAUCAACUGGUAUAAGGUUUUUGUUAAUAAGGCCAACCAGGCCGAGUUGCUAGACGCUAGUAACGCAGUCAUCCAGUCUUACAGUGAAACAGAUACUACUGGGUGCAGCACUUGCGGUACUAAGUCGGCUGGUAAAAUGACUGUUGGGGUGACAUACAAAGCCCCUUCUUCAAAUGGAGAUGAAAUCAAACUGCAAGUUGAGAUAAUUCAUGCAGAUUAUACUGAUCACUUAUACUACACUUUUGACCAGUCAUAUUACCUCGCUGCCAAAGACUACGACCCCAAUUGGUGGACAGCAAGGACAUAGAAGAGGGUUCUCUGCAUAAACAAUUGGCAUUGUGUAAAUGCAUAUUUGUUGUAUUGACUGUGCAUGAGCAUAUUUUUUAUAUCGCUUAGGCACAGAAUUACAUGUGUAUAUUUGUUUUUAUUUCUUAUACAGACAUUCGUGUUUUCUUAUAGAAAGCGUGUAUUUUAAAUUAUGUUGCUGUACAGCAAGAAUAGUUUAUAUACAGAGCAGAUUAUUUAUUAUAGUAACUCUAUGUAACUACUUUAUUUUACUACAUGCCCAAACCUCUAAGUUUGCGGGUAUAUGGGAGUGAUCUUGUCUGUCCGUCGGAUGGUUGGUCGGUCGAUGUGUCGGUUGUUUUUUUUAUUUUGACACAGAAGGGUCAACGGAUUCAAAUAGUUUUGUUAAUAUGUUUAACUCCAUAAAAUACAGUCAGCUUUGUCCAUCUAUGCCCCUUCUCCGAUUGAAAAAGAAUAGACCAGCGUCGAUGUUCGCUAUGCUGAGCUCUUGUUGAGCAUUAGUCCGUCUGAAAUGUUCAUGUUUCCGUCAAUAAGAUCUUAAGGUUGUGUAUGCUUAUUUUUGUACUAUACUUGAACGUAUUACUAAGUUUUAAUUUAAAUUAUGAUUACUUUUGCUUAAUUAAUUUGUAUAACGAGGAUGGUACAAUCAUGAACAGAUUAUGAUAAGUCAUUCAUGAAUUAUUGUCCAUAAUUUACAUUACUUUGAAAGAAGCUAAAAAUGUGAUGUAGAUAAUAAAUAAAAAGUAGUAUUGUUAAUGAUUAUCCAAAAUAGAAAUUGCUUUACUUGCAUCUAACCAGGAAUUCCAGCAUAUGCAUAAAAGGUAUGUUGAUUAACAAGCUGUCUCUUCAUACAUUAUUGUAAGUGUGUUGUUAAAAGGAUUUAAGGAAGAUACAGAUUUUUCAUGAACGAGAAAUUGCUUUUCUUAUUGUCAUUAUUAAGACAGCUAAGCACAAUUUAUAACAGCCCUUAUAGUUUUGUCUUUAUUUGUUGUGCCUAAAUUGGUUUACGAUAUGUGUGAAGUAUAUUGUUUAUCAUUGAUAAAGAUAAAAUUUUGUAAACAGUUGUGGAGAGCAAAAAUGAUAAACUUUAAAUUCAAUAAAAGCUUUUCAGAAAUCAUUUUAAUAUAUGCACAAAUUCUUCAGAUAAUCUCAUUUUUUAUCUUAAUAAAAAUAAUAUGUUUAUUUAUUAUAUCAAAGUGUUUGUAUUUUCAAAAUGGUAGUAAUUGUAAAUAUUUAGGACGGACUGUUCCUUACAAAUGCGUUAAACCAUUUUAUCUUAAUAUGUUAACAAAGCGUUUGAAAGGUAUUUACAUAAUGUUUUCCUAAACUAUUACUUAGUAAGAAAACGUCUGCAUGUAGGAUGAAAAUGUAUGUACCUUAUAUCUGCGUACUAUUAAUAUGUGAUACAAAAUGAUACGGCAAAUAAAUAAUGUUAAUGGGAAAUAUUGAAUGGUAACUGAUACAUAAUCAGCUGCUCACAGCCAAUUUUAUCUAAGAGCCAUAAAUAUUUACACAAUGUCUUGAUAACAUGGACAAAAAAAACCAAACUCCCCUAUGAAUAGAAAAGGUAGCUUAAGUGUGGUCAUCAUAUGAAAUAUUUAACCUUUAACAUAACACUUAAAAUCAUUUGCCCUGUAGUAAAUAUUGGCCCUAAUGAGUGUAUGACAUUUCAAAUGCUGUGCUGUAACCAGGGUUGGAUCCAGGAAUACACGUUACAUGGGGCGCCAAUUAGGGGCGUAACCUUUUGAAAAGCGCCCCUCCCUCAAAAACCGAAAUUACUUGGUUUAAAGUGUUUGCAGGGGGGUUGGGGUUACUCC